UCGCUGAUGUCAGUCAGGUACAGCAAUGGACUCCAGCCGGACCUUCCCGACCCCUCCCAGCCUCCCCCUCCCCUGCUGCCCAAACCAGACAAGGCCAAUGCCCGGCUGCAGAAACUCAUCAAGAAGAGUGCCAAGAAGAAAGCCCGACCCUCCCAGACUCCCAUCCCCUUCCGCUCCUGUCUGUCCCCCGUACACGAAGCUUCGGACCUCGAGCACAGCGACACACACUCGACUCCUCCCCGGUCACCGGACUUCAGUUUCCCCAUUAGGCCUCUGUAUGAUCCACACCCCCCCUCUCUGUUCUCGUUCCCCCCCAGUGGUCCAUAUGGUAACAAUCCUCACGGCCAGACAGGGGUCUUUCCCCACCCCCUGGACUACACCGCUCCCAUGCAGACAUCAGAGAACCAGGUGGCGCCCCUCUUUGAGUGCUCGUCGUUUAUGUUUGACGACGACGACACAGAAAGUAUGAUGCCACCCUCGCCUCCGCCACCCCCACCCCCACCCCCACCCGUACCUGAGUUCUCACAAGGCCCUGCAGUUCAUCUGAAUGACUUGUAUUCAUCAGUAGCACUGAAUUCGUCUGGGUCGGUGGCCACGGCAACAUACCUAGUGGUCCGAGCCUGGGUCCGGGUCUGGCACCAUUACCAGCUCAGGCCCAAGGUCCAGUCCCACCUCCUGCUCCAACCUUGGUUAAACCCGUCUACUAAACCCUUGACGAAGCAUGACAUUGAAGCUAUUACCUCUCUAAAACCGACACCAGAGCCUCAAUCGACUAACACCACUUCCACAAAGCCUGCUAUAGAACGUAUAUCGUCCCCAACCCCAACCGCUGCCGUAGACACUGUGAUAAAACUACCUGCCGUUACCAAAGUGAUUGACUCUUCCACUCCUGCCUCUCUGCCUCAGGCCUCAGCCUCUGUAAAAGCCCCAUCCACAAACAGAGGAAUGUCAUCGCCAUCUCAGCCAAAGACUGGACAGACAGAGACAGACACAAUGGAAGAUGUGGAAGCCAAUGCAUCAGGUGCACAGGGGAAAGCAGCCAGACGUCAAGAGACACCCUGUACGAAGCCUACGAUAUCAACUGCAUCUUCGACUGUUGACAAUGUAGACAAAGUAGACAAGCCCCAAGCUCCAACAGCUAAACCUAGCCUUGCUAACGCUGCACUGAAUGCAAUGAAACCUAAAAGUAUGAAGACCAUGUUCAGUGGCUGGUCGCGUCUCAAAAAACACAUGGUCGUUGAACCAGAGGAACCUCAGUUCCCGGAGCCAGAGCCCGAAUCUGUCCGCAGGGAUGGCGCCAUCUACAGUAAGAACACUGACCAGGCCAAAUCUAGUCAAGCUUCUUCAGCAAAAGUCAAAGACCACUCUGAGAAGGGCAAAGAGGUGCUGAAGGAGACAGAGGCGCCCAGAGCAAUGAAGAUGUGGGACGCCAUGCUCUUCCACAUGUUCUCUACCAAAGAAGCAAUCAUGCAGCAGAUCAAAGCUAGCAAAGCUCCCGACGGUUCUGACAAGAAGAAAGACCAGAGAGAGCAGACCAAUAAGACACGGAAAGUCAAUCAGCAGAAAGAGAAUGAGAUGGAGGUCGUCCCCUCUUUUGCCAGUCGUCUGCCGCUCCUCCUCUACAGUCCGCGCUUCGAUGCCAGAAAGAUUAAAGAGGCUGCAGAGAAGCCGCUGGUGAAGAUGUCAGCUGUGUUCCAAAGGGGCUGA